AUGAAAUUAGGUACUGUAAGGAGUUUGUUUGAGUUUCGAGAUACAUCAACAGAAGGGAUUCUGGAUAAUCUCAUUGCUUCUGUAGGUAUGGCAUGUGUAAGCGAUAAAACGUAGGUCAACUGUAAGGAUUAGGACUGCCUGAUAUUUGUAUAAUUUGUAAGAGACAAACGUUGGGAAUGUUUAAAUCAGGAUUUGAACAGUGGUCUAGUUACCAUUGUGUACUUGGGAUCUGUCCAACAUCUUAGGCGGAGGUUUCAGCUUAUAUUCAAUCAUUGAUGAUGAAUUAAGAAAAAGACACUUUUUCGAAAAUAUUUGGAAGUGAUAUCAUAAUAUUCAAGGUAACUUCGAUUUGAUUUAAUACUAGAUAACAUACAUAACUUAUGAUAUCUUUUCGAAGAUUCUCUUGGUUUGUUAAUUCGAAUAGCCUAGUGAAGGUCUAACUUAGUUUAAAAAUUAUGGAAUACAACAAAAUAAAUAAUGUAUAUAAUUAACCAAAAGUCAUUGGGAAGGAGCACAUAUAAGUGGCAUUUUAAGGAUUUUGGAUAACAAUUUCAAGAUGCCAAAUAUUGGUAGAUUCUAUAAUUAGACUAGUAUAAACAAUCCAAAAUUUCUAUAAAAUCUCAUAGCAAAAUUGCUAUAAAAAAUAUCAUGUCUAGAUAAUUAAUUUCAGGAUCUCGACAAAAUAAAAUCGAAAUCUGACUUUCCUCCUAUAAACGAUAUAAUCUAUUAUCUCAAUUGGCCAAUAAGUCUCAUUUUCAAUUAUUUAUACAACACAAGCCAAUUGGAUUUAUUGCUAGAAUAAUUAAAUAACUUAGAUGAUAACAUAAUCUUGAAAUUACUCAAGUCCUUGACUCACUACAAAAUGAAGUAACAUAUCCAUUGAUUCUAGAAAUUACAAUAAGAGUUUAAAUGAAUUAUUAAAAUUGCAGGAUUCCAACAGCUGGUUCAAUCUUCCCAAAUUCAUCAUGGCAAAUAUCCUUAUUAAACAAUCUAGUUUUGAAAAGGCCUUCAUCAUACUAAAAGAUCUAAUCGUAGAAUGCUAUAAUAAUUAGAUUAUUUGGAUAACAUUAGUAUUUGAUAUAUUAAAUAGACUAGUCCAAAAUAUUUAGGAAACAGAAGAUAUUUCAAAUUAGUCUGUUAUUCUUAAAUAGAGCUAUUGCCUUGCCAUCUAAACAAACUGUAAAAUAAAUAUGGAAUGAAAUUAAUUUAUUCAAUUAUAGAUUAUUGACUCAAAACAAGACUCUACAAUAGACUUCGCAAUUAGAUUAGAUUUAUAAGAUUUUGCAUCCUUUGUCGGCUGAUAAAAUUGAAUGUUAUGUUCAGUUAUGUGGAUAUCCUUGCAUCGAUAACUUACUAGUUCGACCCAGAUUAAAUAAUAAGAAGGAUCAGAAAGUAUUAUCUUAAUCUAAUUGACCUUAGCAUACAAUUGAAAUGAUAUCGAAACACUCCUCAAGACCAGAAUUCAAAGUGAAUCAACAGACUUAUGAAACCCUAAUGCAUAAUGACCUCUUAGAAAUUGAAAGUGAAUUAUCCAAUGUUCUCCAAGAAGUCAUUAAAAUCUAAAAAGUUGUAGGAUACUAAAAAUUAAAAUCGUAUUUAACCUAGUAUUUUUAUACUACAGCUAAAGUAGUCUAAAAGCAAAUUGAUUAAAUCUAUGAUCCAGGAGAAUUCUAAAUUGCCAUCAAACAUCAAAGAAAUUUGAAUUUAAAUGUUAGUUAAAUAAGCAAUACCAAUGUAUGAAUAUUAUCCUAAUAACUUAAGAAAAGCUUAUGCAAUCCUAGACUGCAAGAUGACAUAGAAGACUGUGAUUCCGAUGAAGAACAACCUGAGUUUCUCAAAAAGUAAAAAAUCAAUAAAUCAUUUGACUUUACAAACAUGGGUCCUAAGAUGUAUCAGACUCCCCAACAUAAUAGCAAGAUCCCUAGAUCUCCAUUAAAAUUCACUAGUAUCAAAAAGAAAUAAUAACAAAUAAAAAAAGCCAAUACGAUAAUUUUAGAAAAUGCCUUUGAAAGCGUUGAGUCAGAAAGGCAAAACAAAUAAUUCAUUACAAUUGUAAAUAGAGUCAAUAUUUAAUAAAAUGAAAUGAUUUCAUAAGCACCUAAAUCAGGUUAAGAUGCACAACUAUAGAAAUCUUUCAUUUAUGGUUUGAUUUCUUACUUGAAUCAUAAUUUAAGUCAAUAAGAAUCAGUCUAAUUGAAUGAACAAUUAAAAAGAAGAAAAGAGCAAAUCCAUUAUCUCCUAUCAGGAAUGGUGGAAACAAUUAAUAAAAUAUAAACGGAACUAGAUUCCUUAUUUUACCCCUCUCAAGAAUAAAACCGAUAACUGAAUAACUAAUAAAGCUCUUAAAUAAAUUAAGUGAACACGUAACAACAAGCCAACACAUCCUCCCCGUUGUUUAAGUCUAAUCUAAAGAAGGCUCUGUAGACAAAGUAGCAUUUGGGCGGGUAAGUAGAAUUAAAGGAAUUUUAUAUUGUACAACCUCUAAAUGAGGACGAACCUGACAAAGAGAAGGUUUAUCUCGCUUUUAUUAAAGCGGAAUCAAUGUUUUUGUAUAAAUGUGCUCGUCUAGCAUAGAAAUUAAAGAGAAAUGAUUUAAGCUACUCUAUCCUAUAAAGACUAAGUAGUAGAAUUAUAUCAGUGUAAAUUACAGCACUCUACUUUAACAUUAUUAAAGACAAUAAUAAAUUGUUGAUUAGACAGUAAUUAUUCUUUAUUAAACUAUUCUUAGAGUUCAAAAGAUGUUGGCUGACUUUUAGGAAUGUGGAAUCAGCCAAGUGGGAUUUGUGCCCCUAUGGUUAGAAAUGAAAAUUGUAAAGAUGACAAAACAAUAUGGGGCGAAUCAAAUUCUUGCUUUACUAUCUUCAUCAGAGACUAACUUCACAUUUUAUCUAAUUAAAAAGAUCAUUCUAACAACUGACAAUUUAAUUUGA